UCCUCAUGCAAAACUGACUUUGAUUUGCAUGAAAAUAACUUCCAGAUGAACGCGUUUUCAUAACAAUGGUUUUGCGGCCUGGUUUUGCACGUUUCGUCUUGAGACAGAGGCAAAGCGCAAAUCGGAAAUAGCCUAUUUACUUUACAAGUCGUCUGCUGCCGACUGCCGCUUCUUUUAAGACGAGUAGCACUGGGUACAAGAAUGUAUCUGGGAGUCCAGCACCCGCGCGCCCGCGAAAUUGGAAAUACAUGAAGUACCGACUAAAGUACCCAAGAUGGCGGAGGAAACCAGCUCAGUUUCCAAGGGUUACUUUCUAAUCAAGAAAUCGGUGCCGCAUUCUCCAAGAAAAAGAGUGGCAGAGGAAUACUUUCCAGAGGUUACUGGAGAAAGUGCAGCCCAUCGUAAACAGAGAUAUACAAACUAUAAAGAGUGUUGGGAUUCUAUGAAAAGUGAGAUUGAGGACUUGCAGUCUCAGAUGAACAGUACAAUAUUUUCCGACCUUCUUGAGUUCAUGAAGAGUGCGCACAAGAUCAAAUCCUUGGAGAUUGAAAGGACCUCUGUCAUACAGGAAAUACCUACAGCUGCACUCAUCACAGGGGUGAACAUGCCAGAUCAUGAUGUUAUAUUCUCUCAGCUAGCCACAGAACUUAACAAUCAAAUUACUCCUUUUGUUGCCUUGCUGCGGUCUAAAGAUUGUACAGUUAUGAAAACAACCAUGAAAAAUGUGAUAUCACAGUUCCUUGGUCAUAAUGUGCAGGACGAGGACGAUCCUGGCCCUUCUGAGCAAGCAAAGAAGAUCAGUAGUUUUACUAUGCCUGUGCUUUGCCACUGGUACAAGAAAAUGACCAAGCUUGAUGGCUCCAAAAGAAGACGCAGCACAAAACAUUCUCAAUACUCAGAUCGUCCUCCUUUGGUGAUUAUUUUUGAGGACUUUGAAGGUUUCCUUCCUGCUGUUGUUCAAAAUUUUGUGACAAUUUGUAGCCAAUACCUGCAUGAACUUCCCUUGGUUUUGGUCUUUGGUAUUGCAACAGCAGUGACGACCAUUCACAAAGUACUUCCGCAUGCUGUUUCUGGCGUGUUGUCUAUUGAAAGGUUUCAAUCUCAGCCAUCUCACAUUUGUGUUCUGGAGAUCAUAAACAAGGUGUUGAUGACUGCCAAGUUUCCUGUCAAGCUCGGAGCAAGAGUGUUUAGAUUUCUGUAUGAGAACUUUCUGUUCCAUGAUUUCUCACUACAAAACUUUGCCAGAGGGCUUCAGUUUUGCUUGAUGGAGCAUUAUUUUGAAAGUCCUUUAAGUGUGCUUUGCUGCAUGUCAUCAGAGGACAGAGAGGGUAUUCUGGACAAAAUGGGUCACAAACAGGUGGAGAUGUUGAGGAAAACAAUGUCUUUCCGCAGAUAUGUUGAAGGUGAACCACCUUCAAAGCAAACUCAGCUGUUAUUGGAUGAUUCAUUCACAAAGGAUGUAAUAGCUGAGCUGCUGGAUGAUCUUGAUAAAAAUCAUUGGUGUUUCUUCCCAGUUCUGCAGUGUCUUCAUGUCCUCACCUGCAAUCUCCCACAACAUCCUCUUGGAAAGAAGCCCAGUGAUGUUUAUGAAAACAGUCUUUCAAGUAACAUCUAUGACCAGGAUGCAUAUAAGGAGGCUAUGUCUUUGCUUAGAGUUUAUUCUAGAGAUGAACUUCUUCCACAUCUUCAGAACUGUGUCGAUGUGUUGGGAAAUGCUUUAGACAGUCCUGAAACUGAAAGUCAUUGCCAAGUGCUCAAGGAAUCAAGAGAUAUCAUCACUGGACUUCUUAGGCAGUUUGAUAACCUUAGUGGAAUUCAAGAAACUCAAGAACAGAGUUCAACUUCAACUCAGAGAGAAGCUCUCUCGUCUGUUACAAAUAGAUUUGAGCUGCAAGAGCGACUUAUGAGUGCAGCAAAGCAGAAAAGGAAAGAAUCUCCUUAUGAUAAGCUGCGUCAAAAAACAGUUGACACUUUGGAUGAGAUGUUCAGGAAGUUCUUGACUUCUCCACGUAAUAUGCCUCUGUAUGAAGUUAUGUACUAUGACAAUGUGCAAGAGAUAAGAAAGCACUUGGUUGGGAUGCCUCGUGUUGCUAUUCAAACAGCUCUUAGUAAUCCACAGCAUUACCUUCAAUGCGAGUGUUGUCAGACAGAUGUUGGAACAGUUCAAGACACUUUACCAGACAUUUGCAUAGCUUACAAACUUCACUUGGAGUGCGGCAGACUAAUAAACCUCUACGACUGGCUCCAGGCCUUCACAUCUGUUUUGGAGCCUCCACUAACACAUCAGUCUCCAAAGGGCUCGCCAAAGAAGAAACAGAAAACAAAUGAACAACUUCAUGCUCGUUUUAUCCAGGCUGUAUCAGAACUUCAGUUUCUUGGAUUCAUCAAGUCAACAAGACAGAAAACUGAUCAUGUUCAGAGGCUUACUUGGGGUGCAUGUUGACGGCAAUGGCUAAAACUGAACCACAAUUUCACGCCACUUAGCAACGUUCAUGGAAUGUAAUUUAUUUGUGUUCACUGAAAAUACUGUUGUGUUGCAACAUGAGUCCUUAAAACUGAUACUGGCCCAUGGAAAAUAUUGCGUUCUUUGACAACAACACAACAUGGAGGCAUGUGUUUUGGGACUGCUGAUCCUAAGAAGCAAGCCAAAGUCAAAAAAUGGAUGACAGAUAUUAGACUUAACAUAAUAUUAAAUCGUCUUGAUGAGGACUGGAAGAGACAAGACUCCUACAGACAAGGGAAAAGAAAAUAUUUUACAUAAUUUCCUUCUGAUAUUUCAAAAUAUGCCUAGACUUGAUCUGUACAUUAUUGACAAAGUUUGCUGGAGGAUGUCAGCAAGACUAUGCCAUUUUUUUAUGGUGCAUGUUGUUUCAGAAACUUAAAUUUUUAAAACCCAUUAAGCCUGGGAGAACAACCAUGGUGCUUGCAAAUUUCGUCUUCUGGAGACAAAGCAAUAAAAGCUUGACUUUUUUCAGUUGCUGGUAAAAUUGACCUUUGGUACAGUGAAUCUUUCUAUGGAUCAUUUUUCCAUGGAUUAUGUCUUGUUUUUCACCCUGAAAGUACAAGUGCGAAGCUGAUUCCCAAAUAUUAUGUUUACUUAUUUAUUGGACCAUUUCCAUGCAAUGUGCUUUUACAUGUUGCUAUUUAAAGUUUAAUUAAUGAACAUUAUACUACAGUACUAGUGCUCCGUUAGCCUUAAAUGAAAAAAAAAAAAACUGUGAAAUGAUAAGCAAAGAAUCUUUGAAGAAAGAAAGUUUGUACAAAUUAAACUGAUUUGAAGAAUAAUUAUGAUACAAAUAAAUAUUUUGGUACAAAAACA